UUACGAAGUCAUAUAUUACAUGAAGUCCUUCUGCCCGCUGGUCGAAAAUAUAAUUUUAUUUGUGAAGGAAUUUCAAAAGCGGCGUAAGUUGGCACCAAACAAAAUUGGCUUUCAAAAUUUGGCGGAUUUUUUUUGGCGGCAAUGAAAGCAUUAAAAUUAAAAUCGUAUUUAUGUGGAAGAGAUUAUUAGAAAUCAAAGCAUGCAUAUAUUACGUACCAGAUAUGUCUAGCGUAUAAUAUGUUUUGAUAUUUUUAUAAAGAUAUUCACAUGCAACCCAUUUUACAUUCAUGAGUAUUAUCUGAGGUAUGAAGCAAGUUAUAUGAUACGAAAAUUAACAUUUAAGGGGUAUGCAAGAAACCAUUUGAAACAAGCAGUAUUUUGAAAGAGCAUAUGAAUAGCCAUACAGAAGAAAAACCUCAUGUGCAGGUACUGAAACAAUUAUUCAGGCAGCAUUUUAAACAAGCAUAUGAGUUUUCAUACAAAAGAGAAACCUCAUAUCUGUGAAGUAUGUUAGAAAACAUUUUCUCAAAAAUGUAGUUUAAACAAUCAUAUGCUUGAUCACACAGCAUAGAAACCUUACAUGUGUGAAAUAUGUAAGAAGUCGCAUAGUCAAAAGAGUUAUUUAAAUACGCAUAUGCUUAUUCACACAUAAAAGAGACCUUACAAAUGUGAAAUAUAUAAGAAGUCAUUUAGUCAAAAGUGUAGUCCAAACAAGCAUAAGCUUACUGAUGCAGGAGAGAAACGUUAUGCACAUGAAAUAUAUAAAAAUCAAUUUAGUCUUAAGGACAAUUUAAACAGGGACAUGCAAAUCCCCACAGGAGAGAAACCUUAUAUGUGUGAGGUAUGUAAGGAGUCAUUUAAUCUUAAAAAUAUUUUAAAUAAGCAUAUGCUUACUCACACAGGAGAGAAACUUUAUGUAUGUGACGUAUGUAAGAAGUCAUUUAGUCAAAAGAGUUAUUUAAAUAAACAUAAACUUAUUCAUACGGGAAAAAAACCUUAUGUGUGUAAAGUAUGUAAGAAAUCAGUUAGAGAUAAAGGUAAUUUAAACAAACAUAUGCGAAUUCACACAGGAGAGAAACCUUAUGUGUGUGAAGUAUGUAAGAAGUCGUUUCAUCAGAAGUGUAGUUUAAAAUAUCAUUUGCUUAUUCACACUGGAGAGAAAACUUAUGAGUGUGAAGUAUGUAAGAAGUCAUUUGCUCUUAAGUAUAGUUUUAACCGUCACUUGCUUUCUCACACAGGAGAGAAACCUCAUGUGUGUGAAGUAUGUAAAACAUCAUUUAGUCUUAAGUAUAAUUUAAGCCAGCAUAUGCUUAUUCACACAGGAGAGAAACCUCGUGUGUGUGAAGUAUGUAAGAAGUCAUUUACUACUAAUAUGACUUUAAAGCGGCAUAUGAAUUUUCACACAAGAGAGAAGCCUUAUAUGUGUGAAAUAUGUGAGAAGUCAUUUAGUCAAAAGAAUCAUUUAAAGAGACAUGUCCUUAUUCACAUUGUAAAAAAAGCUUAUUUGUGUGAAAUUUGUAAGAAGUCAUUUAAUCAAAAUGAUCAUUUGCAUCGCCAUAUGCGUGCCCACGCAGGAGUGAAACCUUAUGUGUGUGAAGUAUGUAAGUACUCAUUUAGUAUUAAGAGUGAGUUAAACAAUCAUAUGCUUAUUCACACAGGAGAGAAACCUUAUGAGUGUGAAGUAUGUAAAAAGUCAUUUAGUCAAAAGAGUAAUUUAAAGAGACAUAAACGUAUUCAUACAGGAGAAAAACCUUAUGUGUGUAAAGCAUGUAAGAAAUCAUAUAGAGAUAAGGGUCAUUUAAACAAGCAUAUGCUUAUUCACUCAGUAGAAAAACUUUAUGUGUGUGAAGUAUGUAAGAAGUCAUUUUGUCAAAAGCGUAGUUUAAAUGAGCAUAUGCUAAUACACUUAGGAGAAACCUCAUACUUGUAACAUAUGUUGGAAGUUAUUUAGUCAAAAAGAAGUACCUGCAUGCUUUUUUACACAGGACAGAAAUAUCAUCUGUGUGAACUAUGUAAUAUUUAAUUUAGAUAAUGGGUAAUUUAAACAAUCAUAUUCAUACCUCAGAGGAACCUUUUGUGUAAUUUGUAGAACAAAAUUAAAGGAUGAUUUAAAUAAAUAUAAUAUUAGAGGAGAGAAAUCUCAUGAGUUAUAUAUGCAGGAAGUCAUAUGAAUGUGUAUUUCUAACAUUGAUGAGAAGCCUUGUGUCUUUUGAGGAGAUGUUAAUUUAGUAACAAUAUUUACUGGAACUGUCCAUGCUGCAAAAAAACCUUAUUAUGUGAAGUCAAGGUGGGUUCAUUCAUUCAUGGGGAUGUAAACUUUAUAAAGUAUUGAGACGUGCUUCAGUGGCAGGAUUUAGAUCUUGAAAGCUGGAUCGUAUAAAUCUGACAACUGACCCUGUGUGAAGGAUAUAAAUGGUCAUUUGAUCAAAGUAAAUAAUAAACCAUUUACUUCUUUCCACAAGAAAAAAAAAAAAACUUUAUGUACGAAAAAAUAAAUCUCAAGUUAUUUUAAAGAAAUAUUAACUUGUAAACAUUUGCUGUUCCAAUUAAAAAGAAAGCUUCUUUAGCAAAUUGGUUUUUUUUUUUAAAGUGACUAUGUAAAUGUAUUUCAGGACUUUUUUUUUUUUUUACUUAUUCAUAAGUGUUCAAUCUUUAUCACCUGCCAAAAUGCACUAUAAAUAUCAUAUGCUUGUUACCACUUUGAAAUACUUCUAAUAAUGAAAUCCUGAAGUGUGCCUAAAUGUUUCACCUAUUAUGUGUAACUUAUGUGUCUUUUCCAUUAAAUUUGGCUUUGUCCAAGCGUAAUGCAGAUAUGAAUGACAGCUUUGUGUUUCCUGAUGGAAAUGUGAUAGAUUGUGCAUGUCAUGAAAUAGUAUAUUAUGUACUUUCUAUAAUGAAUGCAUACUGAAGACCAUGACUACCCAGCUACAGUACCAAAUACAUUUUGCAGUUAGUGCAUAACAUUCACAAAUAGAAUAGAAGGUCGCCUCGUGCUACAUUGGAAAAGAGGAAUGAAAUCUCAAGAGAUUUUCAGUCAAAUCUUGGAUGUACCAACUGCAUGUGUAUAAAGUACGUAGGAAGGCACUUGGGAGAAUGAGUCAUUUGGAAAAUCUUUUGAUGCAGCCAAUGGCCUAAGAGUACUACACCAAAUGGAGAUCAAAACUCCCAGCUCAAGAACCAGCCAAGCAUUUCUGAUGUUAAGUUUCUGGAAAGUCGAGUUUUGCAGAAUAAUGGUAAUUCUUAAGGAAUGUUGAAGACAGAUAUUUAGGGCAAACACCGACAACUGAGAGAACAGCAUUUACUUUCAGUCACACUUAUUUUAAUUGGAACUUCUAUUUUCUUAUCCUUUUUUUCAUCGUAGUAUUCAGAAACAUGCUGGAAAUCUUGCUCAUCAAAUGUAAUUCACAGGCCUAAGUCCCACAAAUGUGUGUCAAAGACUUCAGCUGACUUACAUGGGCUGGCACUGUCAUUCAUGAGCAGAAAGGCUUGACCAACUUACUUUGGAAAAGACAAACUUGAUCUAGGAGAGUUUCAGUGUGUACUGUACCUCCGUCAAAGAUGUGAGAAGUUCUGCUACUGAAUAUGUUAUAUUCCCAAGCAAUUAGUCUUGGAACACAGAGAUCAGUUUUCUGGGCACUUGCUGAGAAUAAUGACUUCUUCGUUCUUUCUACAUUGCCUUUUGUCCAGAAUAACAGUCUACGUUCAAGAAGAUUUUAUCACAGACAAUAAAUAGACUGGUCUUGUUGAAACCAACAAUUAUUCGUCUUACAAGAACAUAGUCUCUGAUAAUGCAGUUAUUGGAGUGGAAUGCAUGCAACAGGCUUUCAAGCAUAUAAGCCAACAUUAUUCAAUUGCUGAAAAAUGGUUUUGGCAAGUAUAUUAAUUGUGAUAGCAUUGAUAAGAUCAGUGGACAAAGAAUAGCAUUUUUAAUCUUUUUUGCCACUAGAGGUGACAUACUGGGCUCCUGUUAAAAAAUUAUUGAACCUUUGGUUGGCAAAAGUACGUUUCUUGGUUUGGAAAUCCAAAACACUAAUUCCUUUCAAUAUAGUUUCCUUGGUAAUGGAUAUUUUUCUCCCAGCACCCCCUCCAUUGUUGGAAACACAUCUGGAAUACAGUUUUUGGAAUGGUCAGUAAUUGUACUAUCACCUUCCGCAUGAUGGCUUCUCUUGACUCAAAUUGGGUCUCUUUUUAGCUCCAUUUUCAGCUUAAGAAACGGCCAAAAUUUACAUGGAGCCAUGUAGCUUGGGUAUCGCCAAGCUUUUAGUAAAAUUUGAUGCAAUAUCUCUGGUCAAAUACUUCAGUCAUUUUCUAACCAUUCCACAGGCACUGAAACCCAACGAACGCGUACUACACAUAUUCAUUCAAAGGCCGAUUGCAAGCAACUCAUGCUUUCUGCAAUCAGGAGAAAAUCUAUGAAUACGCAAGUGUGUUCCCUUUGCAUUUUAAAGCCUUAUCACAUUAGCUGUUUUGUUGCCGGAACAAAACGUUUGCAGCAACAGUUCUGAGAAACGGCCUUUGGCGAAAUAGGGUUACCAUCUUCACUUGGUAAACAGAAUGAAAGCCAAACAAGAAUCAG